CGCUGCCUCGCCGGCAGGUUCGAAGUCGGUGUCGGUCUCGCCGUCGGUGCCCGUUCCCGGUUCUGCGCCAGUUCCCCGCCGACUCUCGGUGCCUCAGAUCCCCGUAGCAUUGGAUCGCGCAGUCCCAACGUCCUCUCCAAAAAAGGAGAAGCCCCCCGAACGUCCAACCAAUCCCCCAAGAUCCCGCAAUCGAGUUCCGCUCCGAUCAUCGAAAUCCCCGCGGGGAUCCAUCCCAUCCGGGAUUCGAAGUUUCUCAAGGAGUGCCGCUCCGAAGCGGUGAUUUCUCGGCCGAGGAAUUCUCGCGAUCCAGGGCGGUGCCGGGUACUCGACCUCGGGAUCGGUCGACCGCUUGAGCGCGACCACUGGGACCAAAACAUGGCCACGUGACCGGCGCGUCGGCAUGCGGCUCGGAUAAACACCGAACGACCCACGUGCACCCCCUCCCUCCCCCGGGCCAGACGCAGGAGGACGCCUCGCCGAGGCUGACCUUCCCGCGCCCGAGCCUACCGCCCGCAGUCGGGCGGCAUCGGCCGAGGGUGGAGGGUCGUGGCCGUCGCAGCGUCCGUCGCCCCCGGGAGAUGCGAGGUUCGGCGCGCGAGUCUUGAGCCGCAUGAGCACCCCUGGCCCGCCGACAGCGUCAGCGUCGCGCGCGUGAGGUGCCGGAGAUCACGGACGACGCCAUGAUGGACUCGGUGGCGGGAGCGGGGCCGCCGGCCGGCGUGCCCUUCGACCUGGAGGGCACCUUCGAGCCGCAGACCAGGGCGCGCUCGAACACGUGGCCGCUGCCAAGGCCCGAGGGAUACGUCGAGGGUGGCGCCGGCACCCCCGGCGGCAAAGAGGCCGUCGAGGGCGGUACGCCCCCCCAGCAGGGCCCCCUUCAGAGCGGAGGCAUCCUCCCAGUCAAGAAGAACUCGUCCAGGCGCAACGCCUGGGGAAAUCUCAGCUACGCCGAUCUCAUCACCCAGGCCAUCACCAGCGCUCCUGAGAAGCGGCUCACCCUCUCGCAGAUCUACGAGUGGAUGGUGCAGAACGUGCCCUACUUCAAGGACAAAGGCGACAGCAACAGCAGCGCCGGGUGGAAGAACUCGAUAAGACACAACCUGUCUCUGCACAACAGGUUCAUGAGGGUGCAAAACGAGGGCACAGGGAAGAGCUCGUGGUGGAUGAUCAAUCCUGAUGCAAAGCCCGGCAAAUCCGCCCGUCGAAGGGCCACGUCGAUGGAGACGAAUAAAUUUGAGAAAGGUCGAUGUCGCGUCAAGAAGAAGGUGGAGGCGCUGAGGAACCGAGGACUGCAGGCGGAUGCAACUCCGAGUCCCAGCAGCAGCGUCAGCGAAGGAUUGGACCUCUUCCCGGACAGUCCUCUGCACCCUGCAAGUGGUUUCCAAUUAUCCCCUGAUUUUCGCCCAAGAGCAUCCAGCAACGCGUCAUCUGGGGGCAGGUUGAGCCCUAUACCUGCAGUCUUGAGCGAACCUGAUUGGACGCCGACUUACACACCUUCGUACAGUCCUGAACAACUAGCGGGCAGUCUGGCGGAGACGAUGAAGCUAGAGUCCUACCAGAUGUACCAGACCUCUCCUCCGAGUCACCAGCAACAGAGUGGGCCCCCGCCGACGUACUUCGAGGCCCAGUACCAGCGCAGCAACUCCUUGCGCAGCGCAUCCUCCCCGUACGGGUUGCCGCCGACUCCUCAGGGCAGCAACCAGCAGAGGUGUCCCAUGCAUCGCCUGCAGCCCUGCGGCUGCCAGAUGGUCGGUAACGGACACCCAAACGGCGUGAUUCGCGAAGAUCCUCCGACUUCAACUUGUCUCUUCCCUUCGAAACCCAAGCAGAACCUGAGCCCGGUAUCCGGCAUGUCGCCCUCGUAUGCGCAGAGCGAGUCCAGCGCGGCCGCGAUCGGCAGCUCGCAGCAGCAAACUCUCCAAUACCUGAUACAGUCCCACCAGCGUCAGCAGCAGCAGCAGCAGCAGCAACAACAGCAACAGCAGCAGCAGCAGAGGCAACGGAACCAGACGGGUCCCGUGGGUCUCAGCCCGCCGCACACGCCUACUGCCUGCACCCCUACUCCCAGCACCAUGAUGGGCCAGAUCAUGGGAGCCCUCAACAACUCCGCCCUCCUGGACGAUCUUAACAUCAACAUCGAACCUCUCCACGGCGGAUUCGACUGCAACGUGGACGAGGUGAUCAAGCACGAGCUGUCCAUGCACGGGACGCUGGACUUCAACUUCCAGCAGGGGGCGAUGAGCACGACGGCGGUCCAGAUGAACGACACCGGCGUCGUCCAGGGCGUCGGCGUCUCGCCGAACAACAGGGUGAACGCCGGUUCGGGGAACGCACCCUCGGGGGUGUACGCCAGCACGAACGCGGCCACCUCUGCGGCGCCAUCUUGGGUUCACUAACGGUGAACUUUCCACCCUCGACACCCUCACCGCCAUCGUCGUCAGCGUCGUCAACGUCACCCCGACCCCCGAGUGGACUCGACGCUUUCCUAGCCGCGGACAACAACCUGCCUUGUCGAUCCGUCGACGCGCGAUCCUGCUCGGAGGGUGCCGAUCCGCAUUAGUACCAAUUAGUGCGCAAGGUGCUUCGUUACAGCCGGUAGGGGUGGAGGGAGACGGAAUCAUCAUUGUGUUCGAAGAUCACGGUGGACGUCUUCGGGACAUCCGUGGGAUCAGGAGCGAAGGAGGCCGGUCUUGCGAAGGAUCGGCCGGAUUUCCUGUCCAGAUCUCUCUUGGAACGGCGUUCCGCCGUGUUUAAGGAUAAUCGUGGCCCGACUCGAUGGUUUCUCGUUUGCUUUUUCCGUUUCCAUCGCGCUCACACCUCUAUUCCUUCGGUCUCUUUCUCUCUCUCUUUCUCUCUUUCCUCGAGCCCUCGGGUCCCUCGAACUUCCGCGAAGCCGGACCGAAGGAGGAAAAAAGUUUCUCGCUGUCUCUUCGCCUCGGACACGGACGGCUCGAGAAAGGCGAGAACAAUCGAGGAAACUCGGAAAAUGCCGCGCUAAACCUCCUUAGUUCAUAUCUCUUCCGACGUCCCUUCGUCGCGAGGCAGAUUCUCGAGUCGAAAUUUUCAUCCUAGAACCUCCAACCGGAGACCUUAGUCGGAUCUUAAGGGGAUUUCAUAAAUGAACUAUGAAAAUCAUCCCCUGGGCAGAUGUGUCCAUUUCUUCCACCUUUGACCCUAAACUGGGACUUAACCCUGGUUAACAGGGUACGUAGAUUUAACGCGGUUAAUUCUUUCUCUUUUUCUUCUGGCUGAAUUAUAUACACCCUAUACGUAAUAUUAUCACCUGAAGUAUAUCAUUACUGCUGGUAUAAAGAUUGUACGUAAAAAAGUUCACCAUAGUAAUCCUUUUUAUAAUCUCUACAGUAGCGGUAAUGACGCCCUGCAGGUGAAAGUUUCGUUGCUUGGUUUGUUUGUCAUUCAGCUUGAAAAUAUGUUAUAAAUUAUUACACCGUGUCUGAGUAAAACUUCCAAGAAAAAUCUUAUAAAAUUAUUUUUUUUUUUUUAACAGUGUGGAGGAUUACCGAAAGAGGUCGAAACAGGGCUAAAAUUUUGACUGGAGAAUUCCUAAGACGGGAGGAGAGCUAGAUAGGUAGAUAGACGUAUAGCUAGGUAGCUAGAUAGACAGAAUAGAUAGAUAAUGGAUGCGAAAGUGAGAAGGAAAGAGAGAGUGAGACGCGCCUCGUGAAUUCUUAAUUCAGCGACGUACGGGUACGAUUCAAGUCAAUUUUUAACGUAAGGCAAACUAGAUCCACCGGUAGCCGUAUACUCGCGGACGUUACGUAUAUUGAUAAUAAAUUAUACAUACGGAUAUAUAUAGAUAUAUAUAGGUAUACAUAUACAUAUAUACAUAGUACGGAUCGCGACGAGAAGCGCCUCGCGAUUAUGGAACGGCGUUGAUAAGAACAGAGAUAUGGAGGAAGGUGCUAAGUAACACGCAGAAAAAUGUCCGCGUACAACGAUCUCUGUCGGUCUGAAGUUAAGGGGAAGGUGAAAAAAAAUGCAAAAAGAGUAACCUCAUUGAGCUGUAAGGAACGCACACGCGUGCGAGCACAAUAAAUACGUGUACAUAUAAGGUUAACUGACGUACGUGGGGACGUGUGAUUGCGCGUCACGCGGAUACGUGUAUGCAUCUAAUCUAUAUACAUAUAUAAAUAUUAUACAUAGGUAUGCGCAGUGGAAGUACCAGAUAUAUGUAUACAUAUAUUCCACAGCGUAAACACAUUACACGUUCACUAGUGUCAUAUGGAUUUAUAAUAUAUACAGUAUAUAUAUAUACAUAUAUGUAUAGGUAAUGCCAUAGGGUACGCGUCGAAUUUAGGGCGAAAAUAGGUAUUUUGCGCGAAUCAAAAGCGAACGGCUAGAUGGGAGAGCGCGCCGGAAGCUUCCGACACCGUCUGUUUGUCUGCUUGUUAAGUCUAGAGACAAAGUAUUAAAUUGUUCGAUAUUUAAUUACGUCUAAAGCCUGGUUCCACACGCACAGCGUUUGGUAUCCGAUCGUUACGAUGCUUUGACACGUUCUCCGAUUUUUAUUCAGGUUCAUUGUUUAAUUCCUGCCCUAAGUUCAGGUCGUAACAAUGAUUUGUUCAAUGCUACUCGACUGAGUGAAUCGCGCGAACACUCGAGUUUAUGUUCUUGUAUCUUGAGUAUAAUGUUGGAUGUUCGAACGGUCCAGAGGUUUGUCGAAGGGGUGAAAACAGGCUGAACAGUUAAAACGUACAACUUGGUGAGCAAUUUAAUACAUUGGUCGAGCUGAUAGAGACGGUGUUAAGAGGUGUUGUUCGAUGUUCAUGUCGGGACGUUAUCGCGAUCCUUCGUCAGGAAAAUGGAGACGUUAGACAAUUCGAAGAGGUUGGCUCCCCGUUAGGAUGUACAAUGAUAGGAUGGAACUCCUUCGCGGAAUUAUCGGGUGCCCUUGCCGUGUGGUAAUUGCCAAGCUAUUAAUGUUACAGUAAGACGGUGAGUGUAUUUUAACGUUACGGUUAAGUGCACGGAUAGAAGGGAUGCGCGAAAAUUGAAGAUGGACGGAGAACCGGGCAAAUCCAUGUUUCGAUUGACCCGUUCUCCACUGUCCAUCGGUACAUCUGACAUGGCGGAUUUUUUUCCUCCUUUCUUUCCAUUUUGACGACCCUCGACUUGCACGGAUUUGCUGUUCUCUGAUUUUCUGGAAACUGUGAAAUUCGCGGGUGCUCCCACGGCACCGGAGAUUUAUAGUACAAGUGACAUACAGUGAUUGCACCGAGACAAUCGUUGUCGUGCCGGAUAAUAAUAGGAAUCGCGGUGGUCGAUUUGCAAUCUCGCUUUCCGUGAAAGACUAGACAAUUCGACUCGUAGUCGGAAUCGGAGUGAAACGAAGAAUCGCUCGGAGUAGUGCACCGAUGAGUUCGUCAAAUUUCUUUUAUGCUAAUACCGCCAGCAAUGAGCUCGAGAGAGAGACUCGUGGGAAAUUUCGGAACGAGCUCUAACUACCCUCCCGCCCUUGCGAUGCUUCUUUAUUUCCGAUUUUAAAUUAGGACAUUUUCUUCGACCUCCUUCGGAAGUGAUCAUUGGUCACGUAUUCGCCGUCGCGACUCUAUGAAAUCCCCCGGAUUGCUAAUUUCGCGAACAUCCAGCGAAGUUCCUCGGAAGAGGAGACCCAUUGGCACAUUUUCGAUCGUUACUACCUCGUCUCCAGGUCUCGUGAAUCUUUCUUUCCGACGAUGUGGAUUAAAGUAGCCGGGCACUUUUAUGACGUUUGAGAUUUAAACCGCACCGUAAUCGUCGCAUCUCCAAAACUCUUUUUUCUUAUAUCGUUUAUGUAGGUAAAUAUAAUCUUGUUAAUCUAAAUUCUCUUCGGCCAGUGUAAAUAAAAGUAAAAGAGCUUGUACGUUAUCUUGAGAAAAAAUAAGAAAAGAAAGAAACCAUCGUAUCUUCAGGACUCGUUAAUUUUUCUUCUUCUUUUUUUUUCCGGAGACGUGGAGAAACACGAACGAAUUCUUUUUUCAUUUUGGGAAACCUUAAAUAUUAAACAUGUUACGUGUAAAUCGCAUUUAUGCUCCUCUUAGUCCAAUCGUGAGUCACAUUCCUGUUAUUUGUAGCAUGCUGUCAAAUCGAUAGGCAAAAUGAAAGUACAAAAACUAAUAUAAUCGAUCGGAUUGCUUCGUAAAUGCGUGCGAAAACGGAUUCUCGCGAUUCGAUCUUACUUUCCCUUGUUAAUUAGAAGAGGAAGAAAAAAAGGACAAGUGAACUAAGGGGAAAAAUGAGUGUGUAGCUAGCAAGUUGACACGGUACUCCGGAGUAUUGCACACGAUUAGGUAGAAUAAAUAAUAAAAGAAUUGCAUGUCAGGGAAUAAGAGAAACACGGUCGUGAAGAGAGAAAGAAGGAAAGUCCCGUCAGCGGGAAAUCGAUAUUUAUCCGUAUCGAUUUCGACUUUCCACCGCACUUAUCGAUCGGCGGUACGUCCCUUUUGUCUUGUGCUAUUUUCUAUAUUAGGGGGCCCCGUGAGUUUGAGUCUAAAUUACGCUCAAAGUAUGAAGGCUGACAAUAAAAAAACGGUGUCACGUGGCGUGCGCAAUUCUCUUAACGUAGGUUGCAAAUUGUAAGUACUAGUGCCAUCCAAUUACCUAGAAAGUCAAUUUAAGGUACAACCAUUGUCAGCUUUCAUCCGUCAAUUAUCCACAAGGUUGAGUCAAAAUUAUGAUUAAGAUAUGAUAACUGACAAUAAGCCCGAGUAUCCCUAGACGAAUCCCCCUGCGCAAUUGCAAACGAACGUCGCACUCAUUCGGACUAGACCUCGUAAUUGACCUGUGAACAAUUGUCCGAAAAUUCAAGGUUGUACAGAAAUACAAAUCAUCGUCCAUCCCAGUCCUGAAUGCUUAACACGGUACACAGUUCCAAGGCCUAAUUGCAAAUCAUUUGCGUCAAAACUACCCCGAACCCUGUCGGAACUUUCUACGUAAAAGUGCGUACACUUCCUCCUUUGAUUUCGAGUUUUCGGACAUUGUAAGCGAGACUUUUUCAUCCUUAACGACACGUUCUCAAACCUCGGUCGCAUUAAAUCAAGGCGAUCGCUACACUGUUAAAAAAAAUUCAUACACUUUUAGUACAUAAGGUUGCAAUAAUAUUAUAAAUUUGAUGUCUUAAAAGUGAAUUAGUAUACAUUUGAUGCAAACUUCUAAAUAAACUUACGAUUUUAUAACAUUAUGUUAUAUUUUUGUGAAAUUCUGUGGGAAAAUUAUUAACUUUAUAUUCGGAAGUCACUUAAGCACACAUUAAUUAUAAUUUUCUGAUAUGAGUCUUUAAUCUUAUGACACUAUUUUAUAAUUGUGUCUUCUAAAAUUAUUUUAAAAUUAUAAUACGCGUAUUACAAAAUUAUUAGUUUUUCUUUUUUUGUGUUUAAUUUUACUACGUACGAAUGUCCUGAAAUUAUGAUACAUAUAUCAUAAAAUUACUGAUAUCCUUCAUAAUUUUAUUACAUACGCCUGUACUAAAUUUAUAACACAUGUUAUAUACUUUAUUUGAAACUAUGUUAUAAAAUUCACCGAAUUUUUUUAACAGUGUACGAUACAAUCGGCUACCACAGCCCAACCGCGAAUACAUACCAAGGAACUAUUGUUUUAUCAUUGAUAGUCAUAAUUUUGUCUCACCCUCCACUUUUCCAUCCGACAGAAGCGAGCUCUCGUCGACAUUGUCCACGCUACAGGACGUGGAAAAAGUUCCCGUAGAAAAUUCAAAUAGAAAAUUAAACUUCAUUCGGACGAAACAAUUGUCACCGAAAUGUCAUGUCAUACAUUUUAAGGUCGGACUUUCUACGGGAAUAUUUUUUUCACAGCACUGUACAGAGAACACUGGCCAAAGCAUGUCACGUAUGCACGAGAAUAUGCACUAGUGCCGCGUGUCUAGGGAGAACUAGGGGAAUUCGGGUGCAUCUAGAGAAAAGAAAUAGAAUGUUACUGCUAUCAGUACUCGCUCGUCAAUUAUGCUUCGGGUCAACAUGACAAAAGCGUGAAAACCGACACGAAAGGGCAUGUAAAGCCCGUGACCACGCGUAGGUACAUUCUCGCUGGCAUAAGUCGACAUGUCGUUUCGGCACAGUGCUAAGUAUGACAGAUCAUCGGUCCGUUUUCAUUUGUUGGCCGCAAUUUCGUCCCGUGUCGCUUAAUUAACGGACUAGAUAGUCACAGGAAAAGAGUCUAAAAGGCUCGCGAGGAGAUCUCGGCGUGGACUCGUGAAGAACCUAGCGCUACGUUUUCUUUCUAUUCUCUUUUUUUUUGUUCUACAUUUAGAAGCGGUUUGUGGGUAAACGAUAAUACUAUAUAGAGCAGUCUUCAAAGGGCCGACCUCCCUUCGCCGGAGAAUACUUGCAUUACUCUGUACUUUUACACGAAAAACCCCGUGGGACGAGGGGCCGUUUCCGUAAGGGUACAUAACUUGUAACUCGUUUUUAGUUGUAUAGUGUAUUAUUUUCUUCCAUUGCCCCCCCUCGGUUUCGCUUUCGUGUUCUAUCCCCCCUAUCCCUCUAUCACCUCCCGAUACCAACACGGACACGCAGAGUCACACAUGCGUACACGUUUGAAGAUGCGUAAGAAGUAGAUACCACUUGAAACUUGAGUUAUAUAUUUAACUUGGAUACUAUUUAAUAUAUGAUUCAAGCUUAUAUAAUAAACGGGUUGUAUAAAAGUA